AUGCUUGGCCGGUGGACGCUCCUCUUGGGAGCAUUAGCUCAGGGCUAUGCUCACCGACUGCGUGCCUAUAGUGAGCGCAGGGCCGACUGGCAAGACUCGCAAAUGCUGAAUGUGCAGCUGUGGACCUGGAACUCAGGCAAGGCACACUUGCAACAGGAAGCCAAGAGACUUUCCCUCACCGAAGCUGACUUCAUUGUGAGCUGCCAGACGGAGGCAUCAAAGCACAUAGGCAAAUGGAUGCCAGCAGAGUGGAUGCAAGUGGCCCGGGGAGAGCACUGGGGUGCUGCAGGAGGAGGCAUCAAUGCUCAGAUAGCCUCGGUCUUUGCACGCCGGCCGCUUGAUGGAAAGCUCAUCGGCAAUGAGUCGAAGUUGAUCUCUGUGACACCUUGGUCAAGCGAUGUGGGGUCUGAAGAGUCCAUCAAGUUCGAGGGUUUCGAUGGAACCACACAUGAAGUCUUCAAGAUCCAGACCCAAGUCAUGGCUACCGACUACAAAGGCAAAGGUGGAGUGUCCAUCGCCAUCACUUUUCCGGGAUCUGUGGCACGACCAGCCACCCGCGUCGACUUCCUGUGCGUCCACCUGGACAGCGAGUCGGCAAAGUCCCGCUUAGCUGGGAUCACCUACAUGUUGUCGAAGGUGCGAACUUACCAGGGCAAGCUCAGCAAGCAGUUGAGGGGCGAGGUACUCACUGAUACCGGAGGAGUUGGACAGCCUUGCAGUCUGUUUGAUCGAGACUUAGAGACCUGUACACUUCCGACACUUGAUGGCCUACAGGAACCUCCAGAUGCUGUCGUGGUGCUGGGUGAUCUCAACUAUCGCCUAGAGCAAGGAGAGCUUAACUUGACAGACGGUUCCUUGGAGAGAAGGAUUUUCUCACCUGCCGGGCGCCGCAAGCUUGCUGCCAACGAUCCGCUAGCGCCUGAGAGCGAAUAUGCGGAUGCUUUGGUCAAGCCAGUGGAGGACAAUGCUGGCUUCGGCUUCCAGUGCAACCAGCCCCAUGCUGAGUACCUUCCCACCUACAAGCGCUACGCGGGAGAGGAGUGCGCGCUUCUUGGCCAAAAGCUCACCAACUGCAGCGCGUCCGGGAACUACUGCAAGAUGGACGACAUCAUGAAUCUGACAAGGACUUGCUACAUGAAGACGAACAAGAAGGACGGGAACCUGACCUGGGCAACGAAAAAAGAUGAUGUUCAGCUGGGUUGGCUGGACCGCUUCUGCUUCAGAACAACGAGCAGCAAGCCAAGAUUGACGCUUUCCCUGAUGGACAGCGAGGGAUGGAUGGAUUAUCCGGGGGCCAAGGAUACCGAGAACGGCUCUGAUCACAUGCCCGUGGCAGCCACGCUUCAGUUGGGCUACGCGACAUGCGGCUGCCCAAAAGUGGAGCCAGGUGUCACCGUUGAGCAAUGUGACAAGGCUGGUGUUCCCACCUUCCGAACGGGGGAGCUCACAUUCGUGCGAUGUGGAGAAGGUGAGGCUUUGGUGGAUGCAAAGGGUCAGAUCCAUGAAUUCGUCACCCUGAAGUGCCAAGAGGAUGGCACUAUCCUGCCGGUCGAUGCGAUACCCGACGUUGAGAAGUUGCGAUGCCAGAAAGUUUGCAGAGACUUUGAGUUCAACGAGUUUGUCCAAAAUCCCGAGUAUCUUGAUUUAGGCGCGGCACGUGCUGGGGCUUGCCAUGAAUCUCGCAACGCCAAAGUGGAUUUCCGCUUCAGCGAAUACGGCCGCGAUGGAUUCAUGCUUGUGGGAUCACCCGACCUCCAGUGCAGGGGUGGCACCUUGGUAAACGCGAAUGCCAAAGAGCCUUUUCCAAGCUGCAUUCGCUCUUGCCCAACGCAAAUUCCUGACAAGCUUUGGAUCGCCGCCCAGCGGCCGGCUUCGGAGGAACUUCUUGGCGGUGACUAUGGAGAGGAAAUUUGGAAGCGCUUCGGCCGCAACAGGCAACUAGUUUUAGACGGCGGCGAGCAGACCUUCGAAUGCCAGCGAUCAUGCUUGGUGUUGGGCAAGUCAACAGCAUGGUGUAUCGACUCAAAGAUGCAGCCGACUCCAUCGUCAAUGCAAUGUGCUUGUGGAUUGGACCUGUCCGUCGAGGCCGCUGACUUCGAGAAUGCUGAAUUGCGGUCCAUAGUGGACAAAAUGAAGCUCCAGUUCUACAAGGGGCCCACGACCUCGGAGAAGUUGGAGGAGCUGAGACAAGGAAGGCAUAGCUAUGUCGCUGCAGUGAAGUUCAAGCCCAAGGACAUGAAGAAGCACGCGCCAGAAGUGGUGUCUUUGGACCGGAAAGACGACUUGGCUGACCUCGAGGCUCAUUUGACACUGUGUUCCCCGAAGGCAUCCAAACGUCGCCACUUCUUCUCGAGCUGCAGCGUUUUGGCAGAGACCAACUCGGGCCACGGUCAAGGUCUCAAGAUGCUGCUGCGUCAAGCCAGUGGGACCGAAGGCGUGCUUACCAUGGACUUCCCUUUGACUUAUCAGAAUCUGACAACGACCGUGACGCUAAAAGUUCGCUAUGAGGCGAAGGAGGAGAACUGA